AUGGGACCCCGCCGCCCGGUGCUGCCCCUGCGGCCGCCCCUGCUGCUGCUGCUGCUCGCGGCCGUUUAUAAAGGCACUUUUGGGGAAGCCCAUUUUAGAAAUCGAAGAGGAAUUCUUGAAUUAGCCGGAGCCAUUAGAUGUACUACAGGUCGAUCUCCUUUUGCCUACCUACGUUAUGGAUGCUACUGUGGUCUGGGAGGAAGAGGAUGGCCCAAGGACAGAGUAGACUGGUGCUGCUUUAACCAUGACUGCUGCUAUGGUAAGGCAGAACAAGCAGGUUGUCACCCAAAGAUAGAAAGUUACCACUGGGAAUGUGAAGACAAUGCUGCUGUGUGCGAAUCACUAGAAGACAAAUGUCAAAAAAUGGCCUGUGAAUGUGACCGUGAAGCUGCCAAAUGUUUUUCUAAAGCUCCCUAUCACACAAAAUACCUUUUGUGGCCAGACUUUAUGUGUGGUGAGAUUCAGCCUGUAUGUAGAUAUUAGAUAUACAACAUUAGUCCUUAUGAAAACUCUGUGCGUAUUUAAAUCCAAAAUUACUUUUUUUUUUUGUCACAGUAGUGACAACAAAUGAUUUUCCCCUUUCUUGAUCCUCCUUCCUACCACCUCAUCCUCUUCACCCCAGAAUGGCCAAAGUAAACAUUUAUCCUCUUAUUUACCUUCUACAGCGCAUGGACUAAAAGCAAGUUCAUUAGUUCUGCAUAAGCUUUUAUUGACUAAAUAGGAAUUUGAGUUUACCAGCUUAAGGAGUAACUGACUUAAAAUUAAUUUCGUUUACAUUCAGAUUCACAGAUUUUGCAGAUUUAUAAUAUCACUCACUGCAAACUUUUUAUCCUCCCUCCACUGGCUACAAGAUGCAAAUCAAACUUUUCACUAACAUUUACCCUAACAUUUGUUAACUUCGAACUGACAGGAAGAAAUGCAUGAAGUGACAGUGUCAGCACAGAGAGCCCUCUCAUCUAUAUUAAACAUUCAUUAUGAUGCCUAAUAUGACUUUUGCAUCUCAUUCACCUUAAGUAGUCCUAACUGUAUUAAAAAUUGCCUAAUAUAAUUCUUUUUUUCUAGUGUUUACUUUUUAAAUAGUUUUCUAAGAAGUUGUUCAUUUGAUAUGGCUCAAGUUCCUUACUCUAUGUACACCUUGAGUUUCCUGUAGGCACAGGAAGAAGCUCUACCCUUAAAACUUCAGAGCCAGAUUUAAAAGUGCAAAUGCAAACCAUCAUCAAGACAGAUACAUGAAAAAGGCAGCAGUUACUGGGACCACCUGCCUUUCCCAUAAGCAUGAGUUUGCAAAGUUCAGAAGUGUAUAUACCUCAUAAGGAUGUAAAGAUGGUUUUAGCUAGGGUCACUUCAUAAUUUUUUGAAACCUUUUGGGAAGAGAAAUCAGUAACACGAAUUGCUGAAUAAUACACUUUUUCAUAACCGGUAAUUUUAGCAGUUUAAGAACCAGGAGUGGUUUGUUUCUACUUUCACCCACCUAACUUAAAGCUGCAGGCCUACA